UGCACACAGUGUUUAUGUUCUAUUUAAUAUGUAAACUGUAACAUAUUGGGUGAUAUUAUUGUGCUAUGAAUUGAUAUCAUAUAGGUAAAUUAUUUAUAUCAGCAGUUUGCUUUACAAAAAAGGAACAAUUAGUCUAACUGAAAUGGAAGUUAUGCAUUACUCGAGUAUAUGUUAUUAAAUAGUGUUUACGCUAUUGUAGAGAAAUAAGAAAUACAGGAGUAUGGAUAAAAUAGAAGAUCAGCUGAAGAAACCAUUGUUUAAGAACUGGGUAAAAGGAGGUUUAGCUUACAAGUACCUCAAAGUUGGUUUAGAAACAUUCACCGAUGACGCUGUUCACGAAGAACAUUCCCGGUUACUUAAGGAUACAAAGAAGAAAAAUAUUGAAGUUUGCAACAAAUGUAGUCUUAACAAUCUGAAACCAAAGCAUGAAAAAGAAUUUAUUCGACAAACAAGGCAAUACAGUUGUCCAUAUCGACAGACUAGAUGCAAUUGUUUGUAUAGCGAUAAAAUCGAAUGUCCGAAAGGAUUUUGCAACGAAAUUCAUAAUGAAAUACUAACAAACCAUGCAUCAAAUCCUCCAGCACCUAAUUGGAAGAACACUCAUAUCAGUGAAUGGAGCAUCCAUCCUUGGGAGAUUGCAAAGUGUUUUAUUAACGCACCUGGAUACAUCGACAAAAAGACAGUAAAUGAUAUUGAUAUUGCUGGUAUUUUACAUGUUUUUAUCAACAACAUGAGACUUCACCCUUAUCUGGAUUGUCUGUUGAACCACAAUGACAUUAUAAACAAGACAUUGCAAGGAAGAAAUAUGAUAUUCCAUUCUCCGUCAAUGGAACUUACUUUAGAUGAUUUUACAGCAACUACAGAUAACAUGAUUACUCUCUUAAAAGAUAAGAAAGGGCUUUAUCUAAACGAGAAUGCCCAAAAGGCUGUCGAGAAUAUAAAACAGCUAAAAAGGAACGAUAUUUACAUUACAACGCAAAACGAAGUUGACGUGUGUAAAGAAAUCAAACAGCUUGAAGAAGUUACGAAUGCACAGCAGAAUACUUUGAAAUAUAUAUCACAAAAGCAAGAACUCCAGAAGAAACUUAUAAAGUGA